AUGAUAAUGAACUACAUCACUCCGAAGGAGAGCGUGAUUCUGAACGUGCUAGCAGCCGAGGUGGAUUUCUCCACGUGCGAGUCCAUCGUCAUGUCGCAAGAGGUGGACCCUGACGGCGAUCGCACCUUCGCUGUCGUCACCAAGGUCGACCGCGCUCCUGACGGUCUAUACGAGAAAAUCCAAGCGAAUUCCGUGCGGAUCAAGCUUGGUUAUGUGUGUGUCAAGAAUAAGACUGACACCGAUGCUUCUUAUGAGGAUGCAAGGAAGGCAGAAGCCGCCUUCUUUGAUAACCAUCCGGAAUUGAGCCGGAUUGGGUUAAGCUCCCGCGGAGUUCCGGCUCUGACUAAACACCUGAUGGAGAUUCAAGCCAAGAGGGUAGCUGACAAGAUCCCACAAAUCAGAAAGGCUAUCCAGAAAGCCCUUGUUGCGAAGAGGCAUGAUGUAAUGAGUGGCGUCAUCAGCGGGAAGAAUGUCAUCGCCAGUGAGAAGCAAGGCCACCCUCCAAGCAACGAGACGGUGCUCUACUCUGCUAGGCUUCGCGAGAUGUUCAACAAAUUCGAGGCUCAAAUGCGGGCUGCUCUCCCGGACUUCCUUGGUGCAGACUACACUGAAAGGUGUAAGAAGGUGUUGACAGAGAUGCCCGAAAUUCCUCUUCCGAACAUGCUAGAUCAGGCUGUGGCGAGGAAGCUGGUUCAGGAGUUGGUGGAGAGGAUUGAAGCGCCGUGCCUGCAGCUGGUGAAUGACUGCUUCGCCUUUGCAACCGCAGUGCAACAGGUUGUGGUGGCACAUGUCAGUGGGAUACACCCCGGGCUGAACGACGUCGCUCAGCUUCAUUCAGGCCUGCACGCUCUGAGGGAGGCCAAGGAUUCUGCAAACCGCUUUGUUCGGCUCUUGUUAAGAAACGAGAAGAAGUUGGUCUUCACACUUAACCACAGCUACAUGGAUACGGUCUCACAAAUCCAAGCACAGAUCAGCAAUCACAAGAAGGCUCAGCCAGAUAUUGCGAAUGGAAGCUCCCCUCCUGUACCCUCUGUUGAGGAUUUUGCGUCCAGCACUGCUUCGCUCACCAACCUGAUCAGCAAUGACGACCAGGCAGCGAGGGAUCUGCAGAUCAACAUGUUCUCGUAUGCCAAGGUGAUGCACAAGCGGCUGUGUGACGUGAUCCCCAUGGAGAUUCGGGUGUCCCUUGAGACCGCUCUGCUGGAUGGCACUGAUGUUGCUGUGUGGCGGAUGGAGGCUGAUCAGCAACGCAGGGCUCGACUGGAAGAGACAAACAGCUCCCCAUGCCAGCUCCCCGUGCCAGCUCCCCAUGCCAGCUCCCCGUGCCAGCUCCCCAUGCCAGCUCCCCAUGCCAGCUCCCCUUGCCAGUUCCCCUUGCCAGUUCCCCUUGCCAGAUCCCCUUGCCAGUUCCCCUUGCCAGUUCCCCAUGCCAGUUCCCCAUGCCAGCUCCCCAUGCCAGCUCCUCAUGCCAGCUCCCCAUGCCAGUUCCCCUUGCCAGUUCCCCUUACCAGUUCCCCUUGCCAGUUCCCCUUGCCAGUUCCCCAUGCCAGCUGCCCAUGCCAGCUCCCCAUGCCAGCUGCCCAUGCCAGCUCCCUGUGCCAGCUCCCCAUGCCAGCUCCCCAUGCCAGCUCCCCUUGCCAGUUCCCCUUGCCAGUUCCCCUUGCCAGAUCCCCUUGCCAGUUCCCCUUGCCAGUUCCCCAUGCCAGUUCCCCAUGCCAGCUCCCCAUGCCAGCUCCUCAUGCCAGCUCCCCAUGCCAGUUCCCCUUGCCAGUUCCCCUUGCCAGUUCCCCUUGCCAGCUCCCCUUGCCAGUUCCCCUUGCCAGUUCCCCUUGCCAGUUCCCCAUGCCAGCUCCCCAUGCCAGCUCCCCAUGCCAGCUGCCCAUGCCAGCUCCCCAUGCCAGCUGCCCAUGCCAGCUCCCUGUGCCAGCUCCCCAUGCCAGCUCCCCAUGCCAGCUCCCCUUGCCAGUUCCCCUUGCCAGUUCCCCUUGCCAGAUCCCCUUGCCAGUUCCCCUUGCCAGUUCCCCAUGCCAGUUCCCCAUGCCAGCUCCCCAUGCCAGCUCCUCAUGCCAGCUCCCCAUGCCAGUUCCCCUUGCCAGUUCCCCUUGCCAGUUCCCCUUGCCAGCUCCCCUUGCCAGUUCCCCUUGCCAGUUCCCCUUGCCAGUUCCCCAUGCCAGCUCCCCAUGCCAGCUCCCCAUGCCAGCUGCCCAUGCCAGCUCCCCAUGCCAGCUGCCCAUGCCAGUUCCCCAUGCCAGUUCCCCAUGCCAGUUCUCCCUGCCCACAUCCUCCCUGCCCACAUCCUCCCUGCCCACAUCCUCCCUGCCCACAUCCUCCCUGCCCACAUCCUCCCUGCCCACAUCCUCCCUGCCCACAUCCGCCCUGCCCACAUCCUCCCUGCCCACAUCCGCCCUGCCCACAUCCUCCCUGCCCACAUCCUCCCUGCCCACAUCCUCCCUGCCCACAUCCGCCCUGCCCACAAUCCUCCCUGCCCACAUCCUCCUUGCCCACAUCCUCCCUGCCCACAUCCGCCCUGCCCACAUCCGCCCUGCCCACAUCCUCCCUGCCCACAUCCUCCCUGCCCACAUCCUCCCUGCCCACAUCCUCCCUGCCCACAUCCUCCCUGCCCACAUCCGCCCUGCCCACAUCCUCCCUGCCAACCGCCCCCUGGGACCGCACCCCCUCCCCCCCUUCCUUCCUCCACACCCCUGCCCCACCCACGCAGUAGCCGCGGGAGGGGAGACGACGGGGGAGGGGGGGAGGGAUAGAGGGGCGGGUGGCAGAGAGUGCGGCUGGCGCUGGCGGUUGUGCUCUGGCGGUGUCUCUGCUGGCGGUGUCUCUGCUGGCGGUGGCGCUGCUGGCGGGGUCGCUGGCGAUGUCGCUGCUGGCGGGGUCUCUGCUGGCGGUGUCGCUGGCGUUGUCGCUGGCAGUGCUCUGGCGGGGUCUCUGCUGGCAGUGUCGCUGGCGUUGUCGCUGGCGGUGUCGCUGGCGUCGGUGCUGGCGGCAGUUGCUGGCGGGUCCGACGGCGGGUCCGUCGGCUCGCUUGCUUGCGGGCUCGCGGGUCCAUUGGCGAGCUCGCUGGCGGGCUCGUCGGCGGGUCCGUCGGGGGAUCCGUCGGCGGGUCCAACGGCGGGUUCGUCGGCGGGCUUGCUGGCGCGCUCGUUGGCGGGUCCGACGGCGGGUCCGUCGGCGGGUUCGCUGGCGCCAACGCUAUCGCUGGCGACCGUCGCUGGCGCUAGCGACCGUCACUGGCGGUCUGAAUGGCCGGUGGUAUGCUCGCCACUGGUUGCUGGCGCGAUCGCCACAGCUCGCCGCCUUCCUCGCCACGUGCAGAGCGUGGCGAGCGAGCUAUGGGCAGAACGCGACAGGAGAUCCGUGGGGCGCGACAUGACGAGCACGAUUGGUGGGCCCAUAUAA